GGUUUUCCAGACGCGUCGGACCCAGGUCCUUUGAGCCUGGAGUCUGCACAUCGGGAAGCCAGCGUUCGUCUUCUAACUUCCCUGCCAGCCUGGCGUCUUCAGGUGCAGAGGCUGAGGGAAGAGAAGUGGGAGCGCAACCCCUGGAACCCGAGACUUGGGCAGCCUCACGAGGGAAUUCAGGGCGAUGAAAGGACGCCCAAAGUGAACACCUGCUGCUGCUGCUGCAAACCGAGGCGCUGCGAGCUCACAUCUUGGACGCCUAGCACCGAAAACCCUCAGCAAGAAAGUGAGAAAAGAGCUCAGCAGGGUAGACCAGAGGCAUCGAGCCAGCCAGCUCCGAAAGCAGAAGAAGGAGGCGGUUCUGGCAGAGAAGAGACAGCUGGGCAGCAAGGAUGGCCCUCCUCAUCAGGUACUGGUGGUACCUUUGCACAACAGGAUUUCCUUGUCAGAGGCCUUUCGGCUGCUUCAAGACAGAGACACUGGAACAGUACAUGUGAAUGACUGGGGAAGCACCCCUAGCUUUAUGCUGUUAUGUCCCGUCCUGAAACAUCGGUGGUUUUUCACAUCAGCAAGACCAGGCGAUCUUCACACUGUGUUAGAUAUGGCCAAGGUGGCUGAUACCAUCCUCUUCCUUCUGGAUCCGCUAGAAGGCUGGGACAGCACUGGAGAUUACUGCCUCUCCUGCCUCUUUGCUCAGGGCCUUCCCACUUAUACUCUAGCUGUCCAAGGGGUUUCUGGCCUCCCACCAAAGAAACAAAUAGAUGUCAGAAAGAAGCUAAGUAAAGCAGUGGAAAAGCGCUUUCCUGAUGACAAGCUCCUCCUGUUAGAUACACAACAGGAGGCAGGGCUGUUACUCAGGCAGUUGGCUAACCAAAAGCAGCGACAUAUUGCCUUUCGAGAUCGGCGCGCCUACCUGUUUACCCAUGCUGCUGACUUUGUGCCUAGUGAAGAAAGUGAUUUGGUUGGCACCUUGAAAAUCUCAGGCUAUGUUCGUGGGCAGGCUCUAAAUGUAAAUAGCUUGCUGCAUAUCGUUGGCCAUGGUGAUUUCCAGAUGAAGCAGAUAGAUGCUCCGAUGGACCCGUUCCCUUUAAAUCCUAGAGUGAUCAAAUCCAAAAAGGACCGAGGCAUGGCAAUGGAGAUCUGUGCUGAUGCUGUAGGCGAUAUGGAGGAAGACAUUAAGGUUCUGAUGAAGGCAGAUCCUGAUAGACAAGAAUCUUUGCAAACAGAAGUUAUCCCAGAUCCAAUGGAGGGAGAGCAGACCUGGCCCACUGAGGAGGAGCUGAAUGAAGCAAACGAUUUCUUGAAGGAAAGAUGCAAGGUGGUAAAGAAAGUCCCCAAAGGAACAUCCAGUUACCAAGCUGAAUGGAUUUUGGAUGAGGAUAGUGAAAGUGGUGGGGACGAUGAAUAUGAUGAUAUAGAGCAUGAAGAUUUUAUGGAGGAGGAUUCUCAGGAGGAAAAUAGUGAAGAAGAGGAGGAGGAGGAGGAAUGUGAAACUGUAACUAUAGGAGAGUCUGUGCGUGAUGAUCUGUAUGAUGAGAAAAUGGAUGAGGAGGCUGAAGAAAAAAUGUUGGAGAAAUAUAAACAAGAAAGACUAGAAGAGAUGUUUCCAGAUGAAAUAGAUACCCCCCGCGAUGUGGCUGCUAGAAUUCGAUUUCAGAAAUACAGAGGUCUCAAGAGCUUCCGGACAUCCCCGUGGGAUCCUAAGGAGAACCUUCCUCGAGAUUAUGCUCGGAUAUUUCAAUUUCAGAACUUCACUAAUACUAGGAAACGCAUCUUUAAAGAGAUUGAGGAAAAAGAAGCUGAAGGGGCCGAGGUUGGCUGGUAUGUCACACUUCAUGUCUCUGCGGUUCCCGUCUCAGUGCUUCAGCACUUCAAGCAAGGCACACCUCUGAUUGCAUUUUCUUUACUGCCUCAUGAACAGAAGAUGUCAGUACUAAAUAUGGUGGUGAGCCGGCACCCUGGCAACACUGAACCCGUGAAAGCCAAAGAGGAGCUGAUCUUCCACUGCGGGUUCAGGCGCUUCCGAGCCUCACCUUUAUUCUCCCAGCACACUGCAGCGGACAAACAUAAAUUCCAGCGAUUCCUGACAGCUGAUAUGGCCCUGGUCUUGACAGUAUAUGCCCCAAUCACUUUUCCUCCUGCAUCUGUGCUGCUUUUCAAACAGAACAACAAUGGAAUACACAGCCUCAUUGCUACAGGUCAUCUAUUGUCAGUGGAUCCCGACAGACUGGUCAUCAAGAGAGUUGUUCUGAGUGGUCAUCCCUUCAAAAUUUUUACUAAGACGGCAGUAGUACGUUACAUGUUCUUUAGUAGAGAGGAUGUGCUGUGGUUUAAGCCAGUGGAACUAAGAACAAAGUGGGGCCGAAGGGGGCACAUCAAAGAGCCUUUAGGUACUCAUGGCCACAUGAAGUGCAGUUUUGACGGGAAGCUAAAAUCUCAGGAUACAGUAUUGAUGAACCUCUAUAAGCGAGUUUUCCCCAAAUGGACUUAUGAUCCAUAUGUACCAGAACCAGUACCUUGGGUGAAAAGCGAGGUUUCUUCAGCAGUACCUGAAGUGGAUAUGGAGUAAUGGAUUCUAUGGACUUC